AUGAUGACUUCCUCCGGCUUUGACCUUUAUUUUCCUUCAGCUUCCAAGAGGAGAGUGGUUGUGCGCAGUGCAGGGUAUGGAUCUAGUGCAGGUACAGAGUCAAGGUCUGCAUACGCCCCGUCAACUUACACGUCUUACAGAAGUUUUCCUACGAGCAGUCGAGCCGCCUCCGGUUCCUUCCUGUUCUCGACUCCGGGGUCUACGGUCGCGACCGAGCUGCGCCUCGACCAAGCAGCACAAGUCACCUCAGAAUUCAAAAGAUUGAGGACCCAGGAGAAGGCGCAGCUGCAAGACCUCAAUGAUCGCUUUGCAAGCUUCAUCGAUAGAGUGCAUGAGCUGGAGCAGCAAAACAAAUUGCUGGAGACCGAACGCCUACUGCUCAGGCAGCGUCAAACGGAGCCGUCCAACCUGCGGGGCCUUUACGAGCGCGAGAUCCGCCAGCUGAAUGCUGCAGUGGACGAGGCCAACCAUGAGAGACAAGCUGCACAACACCACAGGGAGGAGAUGGAGGGUUUGCUGAAGCACCUGCAAAAACGCUAUGAGGAGGAAGUGCUUGGUAGGGAGCAGGCAGAAGGCAGGGUGAUGGACGCCAGGAAGGAGGCCGACGAAGCAGCCAUGGACCAAAGUGAACUGGAGAAAAGAGUGGAGAUCCUGUUAGACGAGUUAGCCUUCCUGAAGAGUCUCUGCGAGAGCGAAAUUGCAGAACUCCAGACCCAAAUACAGUACAGCACCGAGGUGUCCGUGGAGAUGAACGUGAUCAAACCCGACCUAUCCGUCGCCCUGCGGGACAUCCGAAGCCAGUACGAGACAUUGGCGCAACGUAACCGCCAGUCCGCAGAGGAGUGGUUCUCCAACAAGAUGAACGUGAUGGCGGUAGGCACCGCUCGCAAUACGGAGAGCGCGCGGAACGUGAAGGAUGAAGUGGGCGAAUAUCGCAGGCAGCUGAAAAGUAGGACGUUGGAGAUCGAUGCGUGCCGAGAGAUCAACCAAGCUCUGGAGAACCAACUGCUGGAAGUGGAGGAGAAACAAAGUGAUGAGAUUUCUGCAUUGCAGGAUGCAAUAAAGCGACUGGAGGACGACUUGAGAGCGAACAAGAAUGACAUGGCGCGAUAUUUGAAGGACUAUCAAGAUCUUUUGAAUGUGAAGAUGGCUUUGGAGAUUGAAAUUGCAGCCUACAGAAAGCUGCUGGAAGGAGAAGAGAGCCGCUUAGAUCGCUGUGGCCAGAGGUCUUCUGUGGUCUACUCUCAGACCAUGUUCGCUGCUCCUCCUCCGGGAAGGAGCCUGGUCUCCAUGAAGUCUCAACUGCAUUCUGCCGCACCUUGCCUACUGAGCCCUCGCUUCUUCAGAUCUACAAUGGCCGCCCAGGACAAAAUGUCAGCAAGAGAUGCUCAGCAAGUGCAGGCAAGCCCUCCUCAGGAAGAGGAGGACAGGACGGAGGAGGACAGAGAGGAAGAGGAAGAUGAGGAAGAGAGGAAAGAGGAAACUGAGGGGGAAGAGGACGAGGCAGAAGAGCCACCCAACGAGGAGGACAAAGAAGAAGAGAACAAAUGUGAUCAGAAAGAGGAUGAAGAAGACGGCGAGGAAGAAAGUGAAAUGAAAGUGGAAGUAGAUGCUAAUGGCAAAAAUGGCAAAGCCCAGUAGGCUACUGUUUGCAUGAUACUUGCUAUCACGCCCCGCAGUGUUUGUGGCAUGUACACCCAUUACCAAAGUAUGUGGCAUGUACCAAAGUAUGUGGCAUGUACCAAAGUAUGUGGCAUGUACACCCAUUACCAAAGUAUGUGGCAUGUACCAAAGUAUGUGGCAUGUACACCCAUUACCAAAGUAUGUGGCAUGUACCAAAGUAUGUGGCAUGUACACCCAUUACCAAAGUAUGUGGCAUGUACCAAAGUAUGUGGCAUGUACACCCAUUACCAAAGUAUGUGGCAUGUACCAAAGUAUGUGGCAUGUACACCCAUUACCAAAGUAUGUGGCAUGUACCAAAGUAUGUGGCAUGUACACCCAUUACCAAAGUAUGUGGCAUGUACACCCAUUACCAAAGUAUGUGGCAUGUACCAAAGUAUGUGGCAUGUACACCCAUUACCAAAGUAUGUGGCAUGUACACCCAUUACCAAAGUAUGUGGCAACAAGUAGUCUGCCAGCGCCUUCAUGCUAGAUAUAACCUCACCAAAAUAUGCCUGCAGAGCUGCUAUGAUAGACUCUUGCUGUAUCCUCACUAUGUGUUGCAAUAAUAACUCUUGCAGUAUCCUCACUAUGUGUUGCAAUAAUAACUCUUGCUGUAUCCUCACUAUGUGUUGCAAUAAUAACUCUUGCUGUAUCCUCACUAUGUGUUGCAAUAAUAACUCUUGCUGUAUCCUCACUAUGUGUUGCAAUAAUAACUCUUGCUGUAUCCUCACUAUGUGUUGCAAUAAUAACUCUUGCUGUAUCCUCACUAUGUGUUGCAAUAAUAACUCUUGCUGUAUCCUCACUAUGUGUUGCAAUAAUAACUCUUGCUGUAUCCUCACUAUGUGUUGCAAUAAUAACUCUUGCUGUAUCCUCACUAUGUGUUGCAAU